CGUAGGCAAUUUUUAUGCAUUUGUGUCUCUGACGAACUCGACUGAAGGUCGAUGAAUAUCUAUAAAUAGAAGUGCAUAGUAUUUCUAAAAUGAGUAAACUCUUAAUGGGUACUAUAGAUUCAUCCUUGGAUGUAAUCCAGGAUGAUGUGCACCAAUUAUUAGAACGUCCAGUACCGGCGUACUCCAAUGUGACUGUCAGACGAGCAUUCAUUGCGUGGUUUUACUGCGGCCAGAAGAACAAGUUUAAUGAAGUAUGCAAUUAUUACCAUUCCCUGGAAGCUAUGGAAGAUACAUUAUCACCUGAAGCAAAAGCGCAGAGCAGGCGUCACGAAUUUAAUAUGUUCUCAAAUCCACCUCCCACUUCACAAUACCAAGAAGAGCUGUUUCCAAACUUGUAUUCAAUAUCAGACGUCAAGCCUUCGUAUAUCAGGAAGUUAGAGAUGAUAAAAAACGAAAAAAUUGUCUUCAAACUGGAAGGAUAUAAUGAACUCCUUGGGCAGGAUGAUAUUAAACCUGAUGAAAAGACUGAAGCCAGCAAAAUAAUAAGAAAAUACUGUCAAAGUAAACUAAUAUCUAUCAGAAAGUUUCUUGACGAUUUUAAAGUGUAUGCAUCAAGAUGCCAACUUGAGAUUACGGUAGCUAAUAUCGAGAAUUACAUUAAAAGGAAGAUGCUGGAAGGUGAACUGCAUAUCGUUCACAAUUGUCCAAAAAAUUACGACUUUUUAGAACUUGCACCAGAGCCAUUUGAAAACUGCAAAGAUAACAGUAAUAAAUCAGACGUUUCCGCAAUCAUUAAUAAUACUGACAUUAGUCUAUCAAUUUUAAAACCAAAAGCUAUUAAAGACACAAAAGUAAAACAAACAGCAAAAAUAGCAAAAUUAAAUGAUAGAUGUGCUGCAUUUUUUGAAUAUUUUAAUUUUAGACACUUGAAGAAAUCUUUGACUAUGGAGGAAGCCGUUUCGCAGUUACCUUUGAUAGAAAUUUUGAGUAAUGAAACUUGCAGAAAAUAUAAAAAAUCUAAAUCCAUAGAAAGUUUGCUUUACAAUAAAGCUAAAAGUGACAUCCAAGGAUUAGAUAAAAAAUUCUUUCUACAUUUUACACAAAAGAAAAUAUGAUGAAGACUAUGGCAGAAUUAUGUGAAAUAACAUUUUAUUAUAAUUGAUAUUAAUUAAGUUUAUUUUUUAAUUUUAGAUUUUAAAUGUUUUAACUUACCUGUUACUUUUAUACUCGUAUAACAAAUAUUAGUCUAUUAUAUUAUUAUUAUAAUGAUAAAAUUUUAAUAUUAAAUUUAUUGACAAAGCUACUUUGCGUUAACCGAUUAAGUAUGAUUUAAAUUUUACGUUAUGUAAUCACAAAUUAAUAUUAUUAACGUUUUAUUUAAUUUAUUAUCAUAUUAAUUAUAUAAUUAAUCCAUGUAAAUUUUUUAAAAUGAUAAAAUUAAAUACUUAAUUGUCCUGAGCGAUA